UCAUCAUCAUCAUUAUUAUUAUUAUGUAAUGUACAUGUACAUUUCAUGUUUUCAGAUGUUCGUACUCAGGCUAAUUACCAGUUGAUGGGUCGUCAUUUUGUUGGUCUCAUUUUCUCGUGUUUUGAAGAAAUUGAUAAAAAAUGCUCCACUAAAGUUAUCUGUUUUCAAUCAAUUCCAAAACUAAAUGAUCCUUUAAAUUAUGAUCAUGUUACAUUAGAGUGUAAGGUGGUCCCUACAGUACAGGGGACUGUGAGUCCUAUGGCUUCAUCUGGUCUCAUUAGAUUAUUAAAUAUAUUAAUUGAAGAAGAGAAACAUUCUUAUGAGAACAACCAGAAGUUUAGUAGUGAUGAGCUAACACUGUUGCAUAAUGGAGCAGUUUAUGUGCAAAGUCUGUCUCAAUUACUUCAAGUGAUUGGAGCUCCUUUAUUGCAGUUAUUACAGGAAUUAUUGAUUAAUAAUAAUAAUGUUAUUAAUAAGUUAGAGAAAGAAAGGGAUAGACUAUUAGUGUCACUAAGCACUGAGGGAGAGUCCGUCUAAUUAUUAUUAUUAUUAUUAUUAUUAUUAUUAUUAUUAUUAUUAUUAUUAUUAUUAUUAUUAAUGUCACUUUUUAUUACGACCUGCCCUUAGGUCAUUAAUAGUAAUUAUUGUUUCACAA